AUGAACCCGAAGGAGCAUGGCGAAGUGUUCGUCCUCUCCGACGGCGGCGAAGUUGACCUCGAUCUCGGUAACUACGAGCGCUACCUCAACAUCACCCUCACACGCGACAACAACAUCACCACCGGCAAGAUCUACCAGCACGUCAUCGAACGCGAGCGCAAGGGCGACUAUCUGGGUAAAACCGUUCAAGUCGUCCCACACAUCACCGAUGCGAUUCAGGACUGGAUCGAGAAAGUCGCGCGGAUACCCGUCGAUGACUCAGGCGAAGAGCCUGACGUCUGCAUAAUCGAGUUGGGAGGUACUGUGGGUGAUAUUGAGAGCAUGCCCUUCAUCGAGGCUAUGAGCCAGCUCAGGAGACGCGCAGGCAAGAACAACUUUAUGCAGAUUCACGUCUCGUAUGUGCCUGUUAUUCACGGCGAACAGAAGACGAAGCCUACGCAGCAGGCCAUCAAGGCGGUGAGGAGUAACGGUCUGAUCCCAGAUCUGAUUGCCUGCCGUUGCGAACGCGAACUCGAAGCCUCUGCGGUAGAGAAGAUUGCCCACUUCUGCCAGGUCGAAAACGAACAAGUCCUGGUUGUGCGUGACAUGCCGUCCAUCUACCAAGUACCCAUGCUUCUCGAGCAACAGAGAUUGAUCCCCAUGGUCCGCCAGUUCCUUGCUCUUGAGCAGACCUCUAUCUCGCCCUCCAUGCUGCAAAAGGGCAACCAUAUCUGGGCGCAAUGGCAGUCGCUUACAGGCCACGACAGCCGCUUUCACGACCCGGUGACGAUUGCACUGGUCGGAAAGUACGUCGAACUCCAGGAUUCAUAUCUGUCAGUCGUCAAGUCGUUGGAACACGCCACGAUGCGAUGCAGGAGGAAACUGGACAUUCGCUGGGUUGAUUCAGAUCACCUGGAGCCUAAGUGUCAAAAGACAGACCCUGAAAAGUACCACAAGGCUUGGCAUGAGGUUGUCAAGGCAUCUGGUAUCCUUGUGCCUGGCGGUUUCGGUCAGCGUGCCACAGAGGGUAUGAUCUCGGCAGCUACUUGGGCGCGUGAGCACAAGAAGCCAUAUCUUGGUGUCUGUCUAGGCAUGCAAAUCGCCGUCAUCGAGUACGCUCGCAACGUUUGUGGUAUCAAGGACGCAACUUCCGAGGAGUUCAACGGCGAUGCCCAGAACAAGCUCAUCAUGUUCAUGCCGGAGGUCGACAAGACGACCAUGGGCGCAUCGAUGCGUCUGGGUCUCCGACCGACUCUCUUCCAGCCGGGUAGCGAGUGGUCUAAGCUCCGCGCUCUAUACGCUGGCAAGGAAGAGAUUCUUGAACGUCACCGUCACCGCUACGAAGUCAACCCCGACUACAUCGAGACGCUCGAAAAGGGUGGCUUGAGCUUCGUCGGCAAAGACGACGCUGGUGUACGUAUGGAGGUUAUUGAAAUCAAGGACCACCCCUGGUUCGUUGGUGUCCAAUUCCACCCGGAAUACCUCUCCCGCGUCUUGGACCCAAGCAGGCCUUACUUGGGCUUCGUCGCUGCCAGUGCCGGUAUGCUUGAAGAGAUCACUCGUGACUAUCAGAGUGGUGCGGCGAACGGCCUCAGUGCGGAAGGUAUCGCCAAUGGUGUGAAUGACAUGAAGAUCAAUGGCGAUACGAACUUUUAG